AAUGUGGUCAUCCUUGUGCUACUGGCAGUAGCAUUUCUGAUCAUCGUGCAACGGAAUCUCCUGAAUCUCAAUGACUUCCUUAUAAGUGAGAAUCCAGGUAAAUGUUUCCCUAUCUGGUAGUGGGGGUAAUUCUCUGUUUUCUCAAAUAACAUUUAGGGUGCUGAUGGAUAAUGUGUAGUGUACUGCAUUCUGCAUUGUGUGUUGUUUUUAUACCACUGACUGCAUUACAGAUCGCCCUGAUCUAAACGGAAUUGAAUUGAACUGAAUAUUCUUCUUACAGAUGCAGUGCCAGGUAUGCUUCUGCCAUUUGAGUCUGAGUUCUCUCCUGAGCUCAGACCAGACCUUGUGAGAACUGGGGAGAAGAUCCCAGUGGUCAUUACUGCUGCAGAGGAGAGACUGGGAGCUGUGGUGGCUGCCAUGAACAGUGUCUACCAGAACAGCAAAGCCAACAUUGUGUUCAACAUUGUGACCAUGAACGACACUGUGGAUCACCUCAAGUGAGUGAUUAACGCGUUACCUCUGCCAUGCUGUUAAUAAAAAGCACAACAGAGACUUGUUUGUUUGAGGUUGAAUGAUGUUAGCGUUUUUAAUGCCCAUUUCAAUCCCCAGGGUGUGGAUGAGUAAGACUCAGCUUAACAAUGUCAAGCACAAGAUCAUCAUAUUUGAGCCCCAACUUCUCAAUGGGAAGAUUACCAAAGAUCCUCAGAAGCUUGAGUCUGUGAAACCGGUGAGACAGACAACAUGUAUUAUCAGUGUUAUAGAUGUUGAUAUUCAUAAAUAAUACAGUGGCGUUUUUGUUUUGGCUCUAUACUCCAGCAAUUUGAUUUGAAAUGAUACAAUGACUAUGAGGUUAAAGUGCAGACUGUCAGCUUUAAUUUGAGGGUAUUUUCAUCCAUAUCGGGAGAACUGUUUAUUCUAUUCUUAUUUACAAUAAAAGUUACUCGAAAAUGACACAAUACAUUAUUUACCAUUCAUUUCUAUUGGGCACAAAAUAAUCUGAAACACAACCAAAACAAACAACAAAUGUAGCCAACAAGUUUGUAGAGUCACUAGCUUGAUGUAAUCAUUACGUGCUAGGAAUAUGGGACCAAAUACUAAACUUUUGACUACUUUGUAAGUGAAUUUGUUUCAAUACCUUUGGUCCCCUAAAAUGGGGGGACUAUGUACAAACAGUGCUGUAAUUUCUAAACAGUUCACUCGAUAUUAAUGAAAAUACCCUCAAAUUAAAGCUGACUGUCUGCACUUUAACCUCAUAGUCAUUGUAUAAUUUCAAUACUUUUGGAGCUCACUGUAUAUACAGUGCCUUUGGAAAUUAUUCAGACCCCUUGACUUUUUCAAAAUGUUGUUACGUUACAGCCUUAUUCUAAAAUGGAUUAAAUAAAACCUUUUCCUCAGCAAUCUACACACAAUACCCCAGAAAGACAAAGCGAAAACUGGUUUUUAGAAAUUUUAGCAAAUUUAUAAAAAAUAAGAAACAGAAAUAUCUUAUUUACAUAAGUAUUCAGACCCUUUGCUAUAAGACACGAAAUUGAGCUCAGGUGCAUCCUGUUUCCAUUGAUCAUCCUUGACAUGUUUCUACAACUUGAUUGGAGUCCACCUGUGGUAAAUUCAAUUGAUUGGAUAUGAUUUGGAAAGGCACACACCUGUCUAUAUAAGGUCCCACAGUUGACAGUGCAUGUCAGAGCAAAAACCAAGCCAUGAAGUCGAAGGAAUUGUCCCUAGAGCUCAGAGACAGGAUUGUGUCAAGGCACAGAUCUGGGGAAGGGUACCAAAACAUUUAUGAAGCAUUGAAGGUCCCCAAGAACACAGUGGCCUCAAUCAUUCUUAAAUGGAAAAAGUUUGGAACCACCAACACUCUUCCUAGAGCUGGCCGCCCGGCCAAACUGAGCAAUCGGGGGAGAAGGGCCUUGGUCAGGGAGGUGACCAAGAACCGGAUGGUCACUCUGACAGAGCUCUAGAGUUCCUCUGUGGAGAUGGGAGAACCUUCCAGAAGGACAACCAUCUCUGCAGCACUCCACCAAUCAGGCCUUUAUGGUAGAGUGGCCAGACGUGCCUUUUACUGAGGAGUGGCUUACAUGACAGCCCGCUUGGAGUUUGCCAAAAGGCAUCUAUAGACUCUCAGCCCAUGAGAAACAAGGUUCUCUGGUCUGAUGAAACCAAGAUUGAACUCUUUGGCCUGAAUGCCAAGCGUCACGUCUGGAGGAAACCCGGCACCAUCCCUACGGUGAAGCAUGGUGGUGGCAGCAUCAUGCUGUGGGAAUGUUUUUCAGCGGCAGUGACUGGGAGACUAGUCAGGAUCGAGGCAAAGAUGAACGGAGCAAACUACAGAGAGAUCCUUGAUGAAAACCUGCUCCAGAGCGCUCAGGACCUCAGACUGGGGCAAAGGUUCACCUUCUAACAGGACAACGACCCUAAGCACACAGCCAAGACAACGCAGGAGUGGCUUCAGGAUAAGUCUCUGAAUGUCCUUGAGUGGCCAAGCCAGAGCCCAGACUUGAACCUGAUCGAACAUCUCUGGAGAGACCUGAAAAUAGCUGUGCAAACAUUUCUAAAAACCUGUUUUUACUUUGUCAUUAUGGGGUAUUGUGUGUAGAUUGAUGAGGGAAAAUUUUUAUUUAAUCAAUUUUACAAUAAGGCUGUAACGUAACAAAAUGUGGAAAAAGUCAAUGGGUCUGAAUACUUUCUGAAUGCACUGUACAUACUACUGUUAAUAUUAGUACUACUCUUGUUUGUUUCAGUUGACCUUUGCCAGAUUUUACAUGCCGGUAUUCAUACCAGAUGCAGAAAAGGCCAUUUAUUUGGAUGAUGACAUCAUUGUACAAGGUAGCUCUUAACUGAACAUGAUCAUGUUUGGCACAGUAAGAUGAUUUAUUUCCUGAAAGAGAAUAAAGAAUGAAUACUAAAUAUAUGAUAUGUUUGCAGGGGACAUCCAAGAGCUUUUUGACACAAGCCUAAAGUCAGGUCACGCAGCUGCGUUCUCAGACGACUGUGAUUCUGCAUCCGCAAAGGGCAUCGUUCGAGGGGCCGGGAACCAGGUACACAACGCCAGCUGUAGACUCUACAAAAACUAGUGAUUUAAAGCCUCUGUAUAAAAAAAUAAUGAACACACAGGGUCUUAUUUUACAUAAUUAUAUGAAAGCAUUUUAUUUUGUACUUGGUGCCAUAUAUAAAAAAUUGGCAACGUUUUAAUCAUCUCAAGUAUGUAUUCCUUCAGAACAAUUACAUUGGCUUCCUGGACUUUAAAAAAGAGGCCAUCAAGAAGCUGGGCAUGAGGGCUAACACGUGUUCCUUUAAUCCCGGCGUGAUCGUGGCCAACCUGACGGAGUGGAAGCGUCAGAACAUCACCAACCAACUUGAACACUGGAUGGAGCUUAACGCACAGUAAGUCACCUGGAGGGCCAGACAGCCACACGGGCAGAAUUCCCUCAGCCCUCCAGAGAUUUUGAAAGUACAUCAAUUAAAUCAAUCUGAAUUGACACUCACCACAGAUUGUUGACAAUUGUAAAGCAUUCUGUUUGAGUUUUCAUUUGCUUUUAUUUCAUUCCCUCGUCAAGAGAGGACCUCUACAGUAAGACCCUGGCAGAGAGUAUCACCACACCUCCCCUGCUCAUUGUCUUCUACAAACACCACUCCAGCAUCGACCCCAUGUGGCACGUCAGACACCUAGGUAAGAACUGUUACUAUGGUCUGUCGAGAAAUGUAUUUGAUUAAAUAGACUUCAUAUAGCGAGUUUCCCCACUGAGCCAACAGCUGUUUCCCCGCCAAUGUGUUUGCACAUGCAGUAGAGAGAGAGAGCGGACGUGCGGGGGUAAGAGAACGCUGUAGUUAAGCUCGCUGAGGAGGAAGCAUUCACGGUGUGAAAUCAUGCUUUGGGGGGAUGCUUCACUGUCUGUCUCCAUGUUUACCUAACAAUGAGCUGCAGACAGCCCUGGCACACUUAGUGAUGUAAUGUUGUAUAAUAAAGUACAAAUAAAGGUUAUUAUUACAGGAUCAUCAUUUCCCUUUCUUAUUGGCUUGUACAGUUUAUUGUCCUAUAAGCUUGGGAGCUGUUGGCCUUUGUUUGCAUAGAAACACUCAGUAUUGCUCUAUUUUCAGGGGCUACUGGUGCUGGAAACCGCUACUCUCCCCAGUUCGUGAAAGCUGCCAAACUCCUCCAUUGGAACGGACAUUACAAACCAUGGUCCAGGACCUCUUCAUUCACCGAAGUCUGGGACAAGUGGUAUAUUCAGGACCCCAUGCGUAAAUUCCAUCCAGUUCGGAAACAUGCAGGGGACAAGUAGACUAAAGCAGGGAUGUGACCAGACGACAGCUAGUCUGCCUCUACCUGUCUGUCCUCCCAGAGUGACUUCUCAGGAACCCUAACGUGAUGCAAGCCCAUUCCAAACACAGUGAUAUGUCUACUGUUUACCAUGCAGUGGUGGUGUAGAUCUCAGGCAGAGACAGGGGCAUGUUCCAAUGUUCCAUAGUGUGUAACAUAGGAUGUUACAGAUAGAAAUGUGUCAUACAUCUCAAUAGUCUAAAGUGGCCUUCUAAUUUUUUCACAUCAAAGCAGAUGCAGCUACAUAACUGUUGAGAUGCACCAAUGGUUCUAUGCUUAGCUUCACAUGUGACAAGGUAAUAAUGUAUAUCUUUAACAUGAAGUAGUGCCAUACUGAAUACACUCUGUGCCUGUGUUCAGGAACUAUCCCUCUGACAAUUUGCCAAGAUUGUCAUUUUCCUUAAACCAACAGUCUGCCUCUUUCCUUAGACCUUCACAUUGAUGCAUUAUUCUGUCAGAACAAGGAUCAAUGUUUGUUACUGCCGGUUGUCUCGCACUUUAACUCCUUACCCUUUAUAACUAUAAAUCAGCAUCACUACCACAACACUAAACAAGUUAUAAACAAGCUUGAAGCCUACUAUCCUUUCUCUUGAUUGCAUUUUGCAGCAUCAUGCUUUUUUGCAAAGAUGGAUAUAAAUGGUAUACACAAACCACUAUGGUAUCAAUACAUGUGCUUUAGCUGAAAUGGUUAUGGGAUAACCAUGUGUCAAAUAACUUUUUUACAUCAUUUAGGUGCUUUUAUCUAGAGCAACUUAGUGAGUGCAUACA